GGAGUCCAAAAUUUCUCGUCUAUUUAGUAUUUAGGACAUACUUCUCUCCUUUACUGUCUAAAUUUAUAUAUCUAACACCACACGUACAAAUUACAAUUCCAAAACGUGACGUCGUUUAAUCCAACAGACCAAUGGUGGUGAACGACAGGCCGCUAAAGAGAGCCAAGAGGAACAGAGUGACCGCCAAUCUCUACGACUUCUUCACCUUCCCUGAAGGACCAUCGCUGGAUGAAGACUUGUCGAAGCCGUUCCGGGAGGCCAUAAAGCUCUUUCUGUCCCGCCACGCGCGGGUCACCUUCCCUCCUCCGCUUUUCCCAUGCCUACUGACGUGGCAGAUCAUGUUUCGGGUCGGAGAUCUGGUGGAAGGUCCGGAUCUUUCGCCGGUGGUGGUGGUUCUUGAUAUUGUGGAAGAGGACGUCACCGGAAGUUCCAGAUCCCCCUACUGCAAUCAGUGCCGAGUGGUUGGUUGGAGCGGUCAUCCAGUGUGCAGGAAGCGAUACCAUUUCAUAAUUCGAGCUACAAAAGGCAGCAUAGAUGAACAUCAACAUAUGUGUUCGAAAUGCAGCAAUUCGAUGCAUGUAUCAGAGUCAAGGUGCAAGUGGUGUGAUUCUGUAGUUACUGCUAAUCACGUUGAAGAUUGGAUUUUUUCCCAGUUUGAAGAUAAUACUCAUCUAUUGCACGGUGUUGUUCACUCCAAUGGCUUUGGCCACCUUCUUAGGGUCAAUGGCAGAGAAGGUGGUUCCAAUAUUCUUACUGGUUGUCAUAUAAUGGACUUCUGGGAUAGGCUCUGCGCUACUCUUGCUGUCAGGAAGGUAUCGGUGAUGGAUGUGUCAAGAAAAUAUGAGAUGGAGUAUCGGUUGCUGCAUGCAAUCACCAAAGGCCAUUCAUGGUAUGGUAAUUGGGGUUAUGAAUUUCAAAGCGGAAGCUAUGCGCUCACACCAGAUUCCUACCAGAAAGCAGUGGAAACUCUCUCAAACAUGCCCCUAGUCCCGCUUUUGUUUCAGAGGCGAAGGCCACGAACACGUUUGCAGGCUGUUAUUGGUUUUUACCAAUCAUUGUCAGACUCAGAACUUCUUACCCUAAAGGACCUUUGCUCCUUUUUAUUGAGGCUAAUCCAUGAAAGCAAUGAACCAGUAUUGCCUAAAACAACUCCAAAGAACUUAGGAUCUAGUACUUCAAAUAUAUUGUGUGCAUGGACCAGACAUGAUGUCGAAUGUGUUCAAGAAGCUAUGAUGAAGGUGUUGGCCGCAUCUGGUGAGAACAAUUGGGUGUCAAGGCGUGCUCUUAAGGGUGUCAUGUAUAAAAGAGCAUCUCCAGAGCUUCUUGAUUAUUCCCUUAAACACCUUGGAGGGGAGUUGGCAGCUAAUAGCAUGGUGGUUCAGGUCCAAUGCAAUCUUAAUUCAUGUGAUGCUGAAUACAGGCUUACAACGGUUAGUUCCAAUACUUGUGAAGAUGGAUUGGACAAAAUCCAUCCAUUGAAAGAGGAUGUCAAGGGUGAUCUGAGAUUUUUACUUGAUUCUUUGCUUGAUCCUGAAACUGCAAUUAACUAUGGAUCUCAAGUGACAAGAGAAAGUGUGAUUGAUGCAGCAACCAAGCUUAUUGACUGCAAACAAUUUAUGAAGGAAUACAGACCUGAUAAAAUGAUGCUAAAUAAUUUAUUUGCCAUUCAUCUCUUGUGUCAUGUAGAGGUUUCAGAUCAACCGAAAGAUGAUCCUGCCAUACCUCCAGAACUGAUAGUCUUACCUUUAAAUGCUACUGUAGCUGAUCUUAAGAAGGAAGCAGCUAAAGCUUUUGAAGAAGUAUAUGUGAUGUUUAAGAGGUUUGAAGUUCAUGAAAUGGUUGAAUAUGGAUCUUUAGAAGAUUCAAUUACGGUUAAAUUUCUUGUUGGAACAAGUGGAUCAGUCAAGAUUAAAGGGACAUGCCCAUCAAGACAUGCAAUUAGCCAAUUUAGAAUGGAAAGAGGAAGAGAGAGGUGGACAGUUGAUUGUAUGUGUGGGGCCAAGGAUGACGAUGGAGAGAAAAUGUUGGCUUGUGAUGCCUGUGGGGUCUGGCAGCAUACUAGGUGUGCUGGGAUUGAUAAUUCUGAUAAAAUUCCUCCAAUAUUUGUGUGCAUGAGAUGUAUGAACUCACACCGCAAGAAAUGUGAAAGGAUCCCAAAUUUUAAGGAGUUGCCCUCACUAUCUAGAACUUCAACUUGCAGGGAAGAGGCAAUAGGAGGAACUGGAAGUCUUAAAAGUCUCAUUUAGUGUUCCUUAGCCUGUAUAUUUUCUUGUAAAUUCUAAAGCUUUUUAUUUUUAUUUUAUUUUAAUCGGUUGGAGGAUUAUUGAGAGACUUUUAGGCUUCUUUUCCCUCCCUUACUGAGAA